ACUCGCGGGACGGUUGAGUGUGGCAAAAUAUUCCGCAAGUCUCGUCAGGUUAGAAACAAAGGUCAAAACCACCUUUUGAGCGUAAACUUCUCUCCUGGUUUACAGGAUGUCAGAGGAGAUUCUCCCUAACGAAGAUAAAGAGACCCUGAGAAGACGAUUGGAGCAGCUGAAGCAAGAGUAUGAGAAGACCGCACAGAGACUGCAGAGAGCAGAGCGCCAUGAUGCCAUUCGCAGACUUACACAGAAUAACUCUCCACACACAUCUGAGCCAUCUUCUGUGACUUCAUCCAUGCCAACAUCAGAAUAUUCAGAAAACCAUGAGAAUAUGCAAUUACAAACCAGCCUAGUUGCAGAAAGAAACAGCUCUGGUUUUUCCGCUGUACCAAAAGUCCCUGCCAUCCAAUUGGAUUUUGUCGAGAUUAUGUCCACACCGCCUUUGUACUCCCCAGUAUGCAAACGAAGCCCCGCCCACCGCCUGCGUUCUAAGCGUAGUCGACUGCGUCUACGGAACAAAGAGCGAGAAUCAGACACUGACAUCAGCCAAGAAAGAGAUGGAAGUGGAGACGGUAUUUGUGAAAAGGUGGACACUGAAAUAAAGGAGGGUAGUGAAUGUACUGAUAACAAGAACAGUCUAAAAGGAGUGAGAAAAUAUGGUAAGAUGGAAGACAAGGACUGUGAAAAGAAAAAGGAAAGAAAAAUUGAGAAGAUGUCAGCUGAGAGGGAGAAGAACCAGGACAGGCCAAUAGGCAUAAGAAAAGUUGGUAAAAUUGCUAAGCCAUCACAAGAACUGGAGAAUGAUGGGAAAAGAGUGGGACAUUGUGUAUUAAACUGCUCUAUGAUCCAGUCAGAUAACAAACUGCCAUUGGUUUCAAGUGAAAAAAAAAAGAACGUUCACUGUAGCCAGAAAAAGGUUAACGUUGAGCAAAAAUCACACUCAGGUUCAGCUGUGUCUAUCCAAACCUCAUCUUUCCCUCAGUCAUCUGAGGGAGUACAGAUUACUGACAAAUCACAAGAGAUGCUUGAACAAACUAACCAGUUGCUCAAAGACUCAAAUAAAGGUUAUGAUGACAGGAUAGACAUUAAACAAUCUGGUGUUCUGGACUCUUGCACGCUGGUUGAGGGUUUACCGUUUCCUGUGGAGUAUUAUAUUCGGACGACAAGGCGCAUGGCUGCAUCUCACAGCUCUGUCGAUCUAGAUGCUGUCAUUUACAGCCAGCUCACUGGGGGGCGGGGCAGACGGAGGCUCAGCCAAUCGCAAACGAGUGGUAGAGGUCGCAUGACCCCAGAGCAUUCAGUCUGCAGGUCCACUGACCAGACCAGACGCGGAGGAAAAGGUCAGAGAGGGAGAAGAGGCCGUCCAAGAAGCACUGCUUCACGUGCCAAAGCUGAUCCUGAUUGUACAAUAUCACAUCCCCCAAGUGAUUCUCAAGCAGAUUCAGAAUCUCCUACAGAAGAAAAAUCCACGUCUCACACUGAAUCACCCAGCCAAUCAGUACUGGUCCUUGAAAGGCUAGAGGCAGAGUCUCAGGAAGUCCAUUCUCCUGGGCCCACAGUGAGCUUAAGGCCAAGUCCAGAGCAAGGACAUUUCGAGCAAGGAGUUACUCAAGAUUUUAAGCAUCUUCCAGAUUCUCAGCUUUGCUUUGAUUCCCAACUCCUCCCGGAUUCAAAUUUGUACCCUAUUUUCAGAAGAAAACAUGGCCAAACUGGAAAAGCAUCUCAGACAGAUCAGUCACCUCUUCUGCCAUCAUUAGCUUCACUCAUUCAGGCUCUUCAAGAAAAGGAUAAGAAAACUGGACUGUUGGCGGCUCUUGAUUUCCAGGAUUUCCACCUGCCUGAUGAGGAUUUUGGACAACUAAAGUUAGAAAGAUUGCGCUGGUCCACUUCAGUCGUAGAGCCCUUCGUACAGCGUCCCCUCGUGUACAAUACACGGCAGAGCAGCAGGCGCCAGAGAAUGAGCGGGAGAAAGAGUAAUUGUGAAGCGCGUUACUCAGUGGGUGAACUAUUUACUCCAGAACCCCUAACUACCUCUUCUCUUGAGAAUAGUUUACCUCUUUGUCAGUCAGACCCUGCUGAUCAGUCACAGACAGAGAUAGAAAAGGACCUCAAAGCUGUAAAUGAAAUAAAGACCUUCUCCUCAGAUGUGAUGGACAGUAGACAGAUUAUCAAACCUGAACCAGACGGAAGCUUAUAUAAUGAGAGAAAAGUUGAGGCCCCACUUAAAUCCUCAGAAACUGAAAACAUUAACGAGAUUCAGUCGCAAACAAAGAUGCAAAAACAAUCUCACAUGCUCCCAGAGAACAACUCGCCUUGCCUUGUGACACUAAGUUUGAGCCCAUCUCUGACUUCACACACACAGAAAGGUCAAGAUACUGUCCUACCAUCUUUGGGAAUGUCCCCUCACUUUUUGACUCCAGGUUCACCAUUAGACCUCCGGUCACCUCUGUUUCCUCCCUCUGGUAUCCUUAGGUCUCCCUCUUCAUUUACACUUAUGGGAUUUGUGUCUCCAGACAUCAAAAAUCGUAUCUCUGUAAAAAGUGGAGAUCAGGGAGGUUCUGAAACACAAAAUCAAACUCAAAUUAGUCAAGAAACAAUGACAGAAGUUCAAAAUACUGUGAAACCACGUAUGCCAUCCCAAAACAACACUCCACCGGGAUAUGAAAACUUAAAUGGCCCAGAAACUAAAUCCUCAUGCAUCUCAGUAAAUGAACAGAAACGUGAAUGCAGUCUUGAUACGGAAAGCAAUCUUGAAUGUGGAAAUAAGAUCAAUUGCACGCCAGAAAAUGAAGUUCAACUCCUCAAUGUUCCUGAACCAGUGAUUUUUAAAACUCUCUUUGAGUCUGAAAUCCAAACCAAGAACAGUUCUGAAAUGGACAUUGAAACCUUUAAAGGCUCUGAGCUCGGGUCUGAAACCCAAAGUAUGGGGUUAAACCCAAAUUUGAAACUGUUUCAUUGUGGUAAUAAAUCUGGAGCUGUUGGUCAAACUCCUUUGGACACUUCCACCUAUCAGAGAACAGAAAGAAGGACUGGUUUUGAUAAUAACAGUACUCAGUUAGAGGAGCGUAACACUGUUCCAUCCAACAACCGGACAUUAGUGCAUGAGGAAUCUCUAACUGGCACUUCAUUCACUGAUGAAGUUCAUUGUUCUGCAGUCCUGCAGGAGAUGCACACUUUUAAGGCGCUGGAGGGUGGAUGUGUGUUGGAUUUGUGUUUGGUGCGAUGGCCAUCGGAGGACUGGAGCAUAUGUGUGGCAGGAGAAUGGAGCGUUUGCCUUUGGGCUCAGAUGAAGGGAGUUCAGUCGUGGAGGCUUUUACACACCUGGACAUUUGCACAGUCCGUCAUGUCUUUGCAAGGGAUACCAGACUCUUCGGGACUGCUUUGUGUCAGUCUGGGUCACUUGGAAAUCAGAGAGGCAAGGAUGCUUUGCUGUCCAAGUAUGGAUGGGCCGUUCUCUCAGAACACAGUGUGCAAGGACACGUUACAAGCAGUGUUGAGUGUGUCUAAUUGUCGGCUUGUGUGUUGCUCCACCCCUGGAGAUCAACAAAGAGUCCGUGUGUUAACAGUGACUCAAGAUGGAAGGGUAAAGAACACUCUUCCCCUGGCCUCUGCUAAGCAGAACAUUUGGACCCUUGCAGCUGUCGAGGGUGAAAAAGAUGCUCUGAUUGGUUGGACAGAAUGUAAAACUCUCCUUAUAUGGAACAUGAAAACAGGCCAGCUGCUGCAGACUAUAUACCUGGAAAAGACUUUAACCAUGACAAACUGCAUGAAGGGAUAUUGUUACAGAGGUGUGCUGUGUGUGUUGCUUCAGAAUGCAGGAAAUGUGUGUGAUGAUGAGAGUAACACAUCUCUUUUUACGCUGAUUGCCACAAAUCCUCUCACUGGCAAACAUAUCACACUGACCUCUAUCAACUGUCCUGAUCAACACAAACAGCAGUUAAUAGAUGGUGAUGUCUUGGGCUCUGGGCUUGUUGGUGUUUUUCAGUCUGGUCAUCUUGCUGUUUGGGAUCUCAGAGGAAGCGUGGCUAAAGUUGUUGGUGUGCUGGAUGAGUUGUGUCGACUAGCCCGCUGGGCAGGGCCAGAUAUGCUGCUGACUGGAUAUCUGAAUGGAGAUGUUAGUGUGUUUCAUUAUAAAUCUACAUAAACACACCAUACAUCUCUAUUCAGCAAAAUGUAUGCCAAAUGACUUGUAUUACUUGUUAAUAAAACAAAAAUAUGUUGAUUA